AUGCCUCGCCCACGUCUGACCGAUGAUGAUGGUGACGAGAGUUUGCUUCUAAUACCCCCAUCAAGGAUGCGAAAUAUGAUGAAAAGUUCUCCUGAUGUUGAUUGUGUUAGCGCGGAGUCUGUUAUUUGCUUGAUCAAGGCUACGGUAACUUGAAUAAUAAUAUGCGCUAAUUGGUGUUUUCACCCAAUAGGAGAUGUUCAUCAAGGAAAUUAUAACCCUUUCAUACUCAAAAGCGUCAGGCGAACUCACAUACGAAAAUUUAUCCAAGACUCAAUCACAGUUGUCGCGAUAUUCCUUCUUGUCGGACAUACUUCCUCCUAAGAUUACUUUUAAGGAGUGGACGGAGAAAUACAAGCAUCUUUAUGAACAGUCUUAUGCGAUUUCUUUUCUGACUUCAAAGAUUAUGAAAGGGUUCAGUUUUUGUGUUGAGCAUCCGCCGCCGCUCCUGCCCUCGUUUCAACUACUAAAUUCUAUUGUGUUUCGUAAUUUGCACCCUUAA